AUGGUGCGUCUGCUUGGCUUUGCCAAGCCUUGCAGCCCGACUGGAUCUGACCUGGCUGGCGACAGUGAUACCUGCGUAGCCCUGGCAGGUGUGGGCAAGAGCAGUUUACUGUUACGUUUUGCAGACAACACUUUCUCAGAUGCCCAAGAAGUGAUUUACACCGUAGCUCACGGCCCUGAUAGAAACCCAUUGUGCCUGUCACACAUGAGAGAGUCCAAGCUCGCGACACUGGUGCAAAGGCCCGGAGGCAGCUACAUCACCACAAUCGGAGUGGAUUUCAAGAUUCGGACUGUGGAGAUCAAUGGGGAGAAAGUGAAGCUGCAGAUCUGGGACACGGCCGGGCAGGAGCGCUUCCGCACCAUCACCUCCACGUAUUAUCGGGGGACCCACGGGGUCAUCGUUGUUUAUGACGUCACCAGUGCGGAGUCUUUUGUCAACGUCAAGCGGUGGCUUCACGAAAUCAACCAGAACUGUGAUGACGUGUGCCGAAUAUUAGUGGGGAAUAAGAACGAUGACCCUGAGCGGAAGGUGGUGGAGACAGAAGACGCCUACAAGUUUGCUGGGCAGAUGGGGAUCCAGUUGUUUGAGACCAGUGCCAAGGAGAAUGUCAAUGUGGAAGAGAUGUUCAACUGCAUCACAGAGCUGGUCCUUCGAGCAAAGAAAGACAACUUAGCGAAACAGCAGCAGCAGCAACAGAACGAUGUGGUGAAGCUCACGAAGAACAGUAAACGAAAGAAACGCUGCUGCUAAUACCCCAGCCCGCCCACCUCAGAGACUGCGCUGCGCCACUCCGGCCUCAGGCCGUGGGGCUCCUGGGGGACAGUCUCAGUUUUGUGCCGUUAUUUAAAGAAUUCUCUCCACGUUUUUUGUACUGGGAGGCGCCAUCGGCACUCCUCCCCUCCCCUGAGUGCCAAGAAGGUGUCGGACAGCGUGCCCUUCCCUUCUGGUGCCCCUGCCCCCGGCCAAGGCACCUGGGCCCGGCGAGGAUGCUGCCAGCCGAGCGGACUGAUUAACCCGAGUCUGUACAUAAUGUAUAUUGCUUUAACCAGCCACAUCACCCUCAUCCUGCUCUGGCUUUUGCCUCCGUAAUGCCAGCCUGCUGCGACAGAUCCUCACCCCACCCGCUCUGCCCCCCCCCCCAUCUCACCGCUGCGGCGUCCUGAGAGGCAGGCUGGCAUUCUGGCCACAUCUUUGGCCAACCUGGGCUGGUGCAGUGGGCUCCGUGUUACGUGUGCUCUCUUCCAGGCAGUCGACUGUCUCUGGCACGCAGGGUCUCACAACUCUACAGCCUAUGGGGUCUCUGUUCCAAGCCCAAGUCCCUUCUCUCAUCUCCUGCCCCACAGCCAUUCUGGCAGCUUUGAGAGCAGCCUGGGGCUUCCCAUGCGAGGCCCAACCCUCUGGUUCUGCAGAGGGAGUCACUCCUGCCCUUUGGCCAAUAGGUUUCUUGUCCUGACUUCUAGAUGCCUCUAAGCUACAGACCCAGGGGGGCCGUGGUGUCUAACAUACACCAGCCUGUUUUGGUUCCAGCAGGAAGGUAGGGUGUGUCUGUGCAGGGACAAGUCUUAUGGGGGGCUUAGGUGCAUUAUUUUACCAGAUAAAAGAAAAUGAAGCCAAAUGGAUUAAGCUCCUCACACUGUCAAUUCCUGAGGUCUGGCUGGCACCGCAGCUAAGCUGGGCCUCCCGACAACUUACUUGUCCAGUGUUUUUAGGAAGAGUGACUUCCUGCCGCUGUGGGCUGCGCUGGGCUCCCAACAGAGCAGCUCUGCUCCGGCCAUUUCUUGGUGGGGAAGGGGAGGGGCUUCCCUGCUGGGGUCAGCCUGGGGCGCCCAGUGAGCUCAUGGGUCUCCUGAAUGGCCCCGACAGGCUGCUGGGCCCUGGGGGCAAUGCCGCCGAGCCUGAGGGCAGGCAGCCUGGAACUGGCUGAGUACACUGGUAGCGCGAGGACUUCUUAGCAGGUGGAGGAACAGCCGCCAGGGCGGGGUGGCAGCUUUGUCCCCUGGAAGGAAAACCAGGAACAUCUGCACUUGAUUACUGUCCCCCUCGGGACACUUCGUUCACCUUUUCCCUAGAAGGAUCACGUAACCUGGGAAUAAUUUAUUUCAACAUCAUGAUGUGUUUUAUGAGAUGUCUUUUCCUAGGUAAAAUUUCCAGACAGCGAUGCCCAGACCCUUUUCUGAUUGGACAAUCACGUCACAGAUCACACUGCAGAUUUUCCAUGUUAACACUGUCGAUGGGUUUUUAAUCAAUAAAAAAGCUGGGGGUUUCUUCUGA